UUUUGUUUUACUAAGUUGAAAGGCGGUUGAUGUUUUGGUUUUAGUUCAUUUUUGAAUAUCGCACAAAACGUGUCGGUCUCUCUUCUGAAUUAAUUUUUCGAAUUUUUCUUUUCUUGUUUCAAAAAAAAAGGAGAAGGAUACUCCGCUGUCGUUCAGUUUGAAUAGAACAUUCUGUUUGUGAAUUUUAUUAAUUUUACAAAAUAAUUAUUGUUUAGAAAUGGCGCCACGCAACAAGGAACAAGAAGCCGAAGUUUUGAAAUGGGUUUUCGAUGUCAUUGGUGAAAAGGUACCAUCUGGUCAAUAUGAAGACAUUUUACGCGACGGUACCGUAUUGUGCCGAUUGGCCAAUAAGCUUACACCAGGCAGUGUAAAGAAAAUCCAAGAACGUGGUACCAAUUUCCAAUUGAUGGAGAAUGUUCAAAGAUUCCAAGCCGCCAUCAAGAAGUACGGCGUUCCGGAAGAAGAAAUUUUCCAAACGGCCGAUCUGUUUGAGCGAAGAAAUAUUCCACAAGUCACUCUGUGCUUGUACUCCUUAGGAAGAAUUACUCAAAAACAUCCAGAAUUCACCGGACCAGCAUUAGGACCAAAGAUGGCCGACAAGAAUGAACGUACCUUCACCGAAGAGCAAUUGCGAGCUCAUGAAGGAGAAUUGAAUUUACAAAUGGGUUACAACAAAGGUGCCUCGCAAUCAGGACAUGGUGGAAUGGGAAACACACGUCACAUGUAAAUGUGUACGACGGGUUUCUGUCUUUUCUUUUUAUUUGUGUAUAAUUUGUGCAAUUUCUGGCAAAAAAAAACUACCACAUCCACAACAAAAUAAUAAAAUGUUUCAUAAAAUCGUACGGUUCAUUCACCACAAAUGGUGAUGAUGCAUUUCAAAAUCUGGCCUAAUACAACUAAUGUGUAAUUAAAGCAAAACACACGAGAGAAUUACCACAAUUAUAUUUUGCUGUAACUGUGAAUUUUCGUUCAAUCUCUAUAAAAGAAUUGGAAUUAAUUAAAAUGAAUUCAUUUUGAAAUUGACAAAACAAUUGCAGUUUUUCUGAUAUUUUUUCUUUCUUGUUUGCUUCCACAUUUUUCUUUUCAAAAAUAUGCAAUACAAACUUUUGAGUGUUAAAAAUAAUUAAUUAAUAAUUUUACAGAACUAGAUGAUGAUGAGAUAAAGAGCUUAACGAAAUAUACUCUUGAACGCGUAUUA